AUGCUUUCAUCAGGCUCAUAUCUACUACUAUUUGUUUUUUUAAUGUUAUGUAUGCAGUUCCAUUGCCAAGGAACUGUCCAGGGUCUUUCUCUACCAGAGCCCAAGUCCCUACCAAUGCAUCGAAUUUCUUCAAAAGAUCCAGUUUCUUUGUACACAGAGCAGGACUCUACGAACAUUAGCUACAAGCAACCUACUCGUAAAACUUCCAACGACUUAUACAUGGACCCAUGCAAAGCAGCGGGUUUCAUCAACGACAUUGCCUUGACAGAUGAUGAUGUUCACGAUCUUAUGAAGAUGUGGCACAACAAUAUUGAAGUACAAGUGGACGACCCUAAUGUCAGACACCCAAGAAAAAUUUCCGAACCAGUUUCUAAACGCAGACCAAGAAAAAAAAACAAAGGGAGUCACAGAAAAAGAAAAAGGUGUCGUAAAAAGGAUCCAAAAUGUAACAAAAGGAAAAGUAAAGAUACAACAAAGAAAAAUAGCCCCAAACAAAAACCAGUGUCUGAAGCAUCACGAAGUUGGCGAACACGACGAGCAGCAACAGCACGACAGGAUCGACUUUGGGAAUAUGGAGUUAUACCAUACCAGAUUGAAGCCAACUUUAGUGGUCCUCAUAAAGCUUUGUUCCGGUUAGCAAUGCGGCAUUGGGAAAAUCAUACAUGUAUAACAUUUGUUGAACGAACACCUGAACAUGAAGAUUAUAUUGUGUUCACUGAAAGACCUUGUGGGUGUUGUUCUUAUGUUGGCAAACGAGGCAACGGUGCUCAGGCUAUUUCAAUUGGCAAGAACUGUGACAAGUUUGGAAUUGUGGUUCAUGAAUUGGGUCAUGUAAUAGGAUUCUGGCAUGAACACACUCGACCAGACAGAGAUGACCAUGUACAGAUUAUUUAUAAAAAUAUCAUGCCAGGACAAGAAUACAACUUUAACAAGCUCACACCAGCUGAUGUUAACUCAUUAGGAGAGGAAUAUGAUUAUGGAAGUAUAAUGCAUUAUGCAAGAAAUACAUUUGCCCGUGCCACUUUUGUGGAUACCAUUUUGCCAAAGCGUAAAUAUGGCACUAGAGAUAUUGGUCAACGAAUAAAAUUGAGUCCAGGAGAUAUUCGACAGGCCAAUCGACUUUAUCGCUGUGCAUCUUGUGGUCGUACGCUGCAGGCAGCAACAGGAGAAUUUUCUCAUAAACCUAAUCAGCAGCGAACAGAAGAACGAGAAGUCUGUGAGUGGAGAAUAUCUGCCACUCAUGGUGAGAAAAUUGUUCUGAAUAUCACAUCAUUGGAUGUUCCUGAAUCUAGAAAUUGUGUGACAGAUUAUCUAGAAGUGCGAGAUGGAUAUUAUGAAAGAUCAACAAAACUGGGGAAAUUUUGUGGAAAAACUGUCCCUGGUGUUCUUCAGUCAACUGAUAGUCGAAUGUGGCUCCGGUUUGUGUCCACGCAAAAAAAAGGUGAAGGAUUUGUAGCUAAAUAUGAAGCCAUUUGUGGUGGUGUCAUCAACAAAAGCAGGGGUACACUGACAAGCCCAAAUUCUCCUGAUGAUUACCGAGCAAAUCAAGAAUGUGUUUGGAGAAUCACAGUGCCUAAAGCAUAUUUGGUCGGGUUAAUGUUCCAGUCAUUUGAGAUAGAAAAUCAUGACAACUGCGUUUAUGAUUAUCUUGAAAUUAGAGAUGGACCUGAUGAGACUUCUCCUUCCCUGGGGAAAUUCUGUGGAUAUAAAGUCCCAGAGGAUAUCAAAUCUAGUGGCAAUCAACUUUAUGUUAAAUUUGUCUCUGAUGGCUCUGUACAAAAAGCAGGUUUCUCAGCAACUUUUACUGAAGAGUAUAAUGAAUGCUUGACCGACUACCAUGGCUGUGAUCAUAUUUGUGUGAAUACAUUGGGUUCAUACAAAUGCAUGUGUGAAAUUGGUUAUGAACUACAUUCAGAUGGCAGGAAAUGUGAAGAUGCUUGUGGGGGCUAUAUCAGUAUUGAAAAUGGCACAUUCCAAAGCCCCUCAUUCCCUGACCUGUACCCAACCAAUAAGUAUUGUGUGUGGCAGAUUGUGGCUCCAAAACAGCACCGAAUUACACUCAACUUCUCCUAUUUUGAUCUUGAAGGCAAUAAUCAAGACUGUGAAUAUGAUUCUGUUAGAGUUUCAAAUGGAUUAAACUCUGACACAAAAGCAAUUGGAAUAUUUUGUGGCUCAACACUACCAGAUUCUAUCACUUCCUCUGAAAAUUCACUUCGUAUUGAAUUCAGUUCAGAUAAUUCAGUCCAAAAAACGGGGUUCAAUGCUACAUUUUUUACUGACAAAGAUGAAUGUGCAUUAAAAAAUGGAGGAUGCCAACAGAUCUGCAGGAAUACAAUUGGCAGUUACCAAUGUGCCUGUCAAAAUGGUUUCACUCUGCAUGAAAACAAACAUGAUUGCAAAGAAGGAGGUUGUAAGCAUCAAAUAAAAACUCCUUCAGGUAAUAUCAACAGUCCUAAGUGGCCAGACUUCUAUCCAAGCCGCAAGGAUUGUGUUUGGACAUUUACUGUCACUGACGGUCAUAGAGUCAAGUUGGAAUUUGAAGAAUUUGAAUUGGAACCCCAUCAGGAAUGCACUUACGAUCACAUUGAAAUUUUUGAUGGCACCAGCACCAAUAGCCGCAGCUUGGGGCGAUUCUGUGGAAACAAAAUUCCUCCACCCACCUACUCAAGUGGCAAUACUAUGUUCAUGAUAUUUUAUUCUGAUGCCUCCGUCCAGAGGAAGGGCUUCAGUGCUAUGCACAGCACAGUUUGUGGUGGACAUCUGUUGGCGAAGACUGAGCCCAAAUUCAUUUACUCACACGCCAAAUAUGGAGACCAGAACUAUGAUAAUGCAGCGGACUGUGAUUGGAUAAUUGAGGCAGAGGACGACCAGCGAAUUUAUGUUGAGUUCAAAGCCUUUGAAAUAGAAGAUGAGUCUGAGUGUAUGUAUGACUAUGUGAAACUUUAUGAUGGCAAGUCUGAUACUGGAUCAGCUAUUGGCAAAUACUGUGGAAGUAAUAAACCUCCUCCUGUAACAUCAUCAGGUCGUAUCUUGACUAUUCGCUUUGUGACAGAUGAUACAGUCAAUUGGAAAGGUUUUUCUUUGACUUAUCGCUUGGCUGAGGACCAAAGCACAGGAGGAGGAGAAACACAAGAAUUACCUGAAGUACAGGGAUGA